UUCGCGUCUCCCAACAGUAGAAGAAGAAGAAGACUAAAGACUAAAUGGCAGAAGUCGCUCCCGCACCGGCAGCCGCCGCCGCUCCGGCGAAAGCGGCAAAGAAGAGAGCCCCCCGCCCCAAGAAGAGUGGCCCCAGCGUCGCGGAGCUCAUCGUCAAAGCCGUGUCGGCGUCCAAGGAGAGAAGCGGCGUGUCUUUGGCAGCGCUGAAGAAGACUCUGGCUGCCGGCGGCUACGACGUGGAGAAGAACAAGGCCCGCGUCAAAGUGGCCGUCAAGAGCCUGGUAACCAAGGGCGCUCUGGUGCAGGUCAAAGGAACCGGCGCCUCGGGCUCCUUCAAAAUCAAUAAGAAAGCGGAAGACGCCAAGAAACCCGCCAAGAAAGCGGCAAAAGCAAAGAAAGCUGUGGCCAAGAAACCCGCAGCCGCCAAGAAGGCGGCAGCUAAGAAACCCGCAGCCGCCAAGAAGUCCCCGAAGAAGGCCAAGAAACCUGCGGCAGCCAAGAAGCCCAAGAGCCCUAAGAAGGCCGCCAAAAGCCCCAAGAAGGCGGUCAAAAAGCCCGCCACCCCCAAGAAGACCGCAGCUAAGAAGGCUGCUAAGCCCAAGACGGUCAAGCCGAAGGCGGCCAAGCCAAAGAAGGCGGCCGCCAAGAAGAAGUAGAUGGACACGUCGUCUUGAUGAAACACCUCCAAAGGCUCUUUUAAGAGCCAACCACAAUCACAAUGAAAGAGCAUUUCGCAACAACCCAACCUCACCUAUAAACGUCUUGAUGCAUGCUCUACAAUAGAUCAUCCA